AAACAAUAUAUAAACAGAAAUGAGCAGAAAAUUCAAACACGAAUUUCAGAGCCACGGAGAUACAAAAUGCUGCCAAACAUCAAAUUGUCGUUCAUCCCCGGGCUGCUGCUCGUCCAGUUCUGCUUUCAGCCGGCUAUGACCGGCCCAUUGGGAGGGCUCGACAAACUGAGUCCAGGGAACAACGGGGUUUGUGUAACAUUUUCCAGAGCAUUGCUGUGGAAUAUCACGGAGGCUAUGGCACUUGACAGUGUGUUUAAGGGAAUAAACUGCUCAGAGCAACGUAUAAAAAUGAACACAAGAACUUCAACCGUAUCGGCCUGUCUGCCUCCCGACGUGCAGAUGGGGACUGGGUGCGCUGGAUUUCAGAACAGCAACCAUGAUCAGAAAGAAUGUUUGCGGAACGUCGUUGCGGAUCUCGAGCACUACAAAGCAUUGCUCCAGGAGUACGCGGACCCCACCCUGGACUCCACUGUGGUGCGGGCAAUCAGUGAUCUCACGGAGCAUUGCUUCUCAGCUUCACCUACGAACCCUUCAACUUUAAAGAAUUCCGAUUUCAGAGAUCACACCUUUGAUGAGAGAUUGCAGAUGUGCAAAAUACUGAAGGGCUUCCAAGUCCGUGCAAUUACCAUCAGUAGAAUCCUGAGCUACAUAUCAGCUGAUACCAGCAAGAAAUAAGUCUUCACCAUCCUACUCGCACUUACUACUAUCCAAUGUCUACACAUGGAUAAGAUAUUUGAUUAAGAAAAAAUAUCUUUACACUGAACAUCAAUCUACAGCAUCAUCGUAACACAAGCCUUACAAGCCAGAACACUGUUAUGUACCAUGUGUUCAGUUCAAUGCAGUCAAUGAAAAUGCCAAGAGUUGAUUUUGGAAAUACCUCUACACACAUACAAAUAAAACACAUAUAUAUUUAUAUUUCUUAUUUAUUCGUACAAUCAUUAUUUAUGAAUUUGUGCAUAUUAAGCAAUCAGUGGUAUUUUGGAAUGUGAAGCCUUGUUGAAGAAAUAUUUCUUAUCUAUUUAUACUUAUCUAUUUAAUCUUAUUUAUUUGUAAUUCUUGUUUUUUCCUUAAAAGAAUAAUAA